UUCGGUCCAACGGAUUUACGGCUGUCAUGUACACGGUGUGUUUAUGGCCCACGAAUGUGGAAAGUCACAUUUUUAUUUACAUUGGAUGAAAUAAUGCCCGUUGUUUUUCACAGGGUGAAGCGAGAGGUCCUGAGAAAAUGUCUUUAGAUUUAAAUGCACUGAAGAUUUUUCUCUCUCUCUCCUUCUCCCCCUCUUUUGUUGUUACCAGUGAUCACUGGCGAUGCUGCCAUAGCAACCAGGAAACACUCCAGUGUGUCUGCAUGUGCGUGCGUGUGUGGGAUAGACACUAAACGCUAAUCGUUUGAGCUGGUGAGGAGCGCAGGACACCUUAGGAAAGGAGAUAUAUUCAAUCUGACGUUGGAGGUUGGAAGGUUUCUGUGGAUGAUCUGAUAUUCUAUUUUGCCCAGCGCAGGUGUUAUGGCCUCCAGCGGAGUAACUGCCCUCUUGCCCCCUGUGAAGAGCGUGGUUGUGUACAAGAAUGGAGAUCCCUUCUUUUCAGGGAGGAGGUUUAUCGUGAACCAGAGGCAAGUCUCCACGAUGGAGUCUUUCCUGAACAAUGUCACUCUCAGCAUCGGAGCCCCACUGGCCGUGCGUACGCUCUACACGCCACGCCACGGGCACCGCGUCCCUGAUCUGGAGCACCUCCAGCAGGGGGCGCAGUACGUCGCCGCAGGAUUUGAAAGAUUCAAGAAGCUCGAUUAUCUGAGUCUGGGGAUGAAGAGAGCUCCAGUGGCUCGGACCGGAGACGCCAUGCAGGCGAAAGGACUCAGCAGACCCAACGUGUCGGCAAAAUGGAGGAAGGUUAUAACUCUGCCCUGCAUUAUACAUGUGUUCAGGAAUGGAGAUGUGCUCAGUCCUGCCAUGCGCUUCAUCAUUCCUCGGAGCCUGCUGAAAAACCUGGAGCAGAUUCUCAGCCUGGUCUCGGAGAAGGCCAUGCUCCGCACCGGCGCCGUUCGCAGGUUGUGCACACUGGACGGCGUGACGGUGACCUCGGGGGAGGAGCUGGAGAGCGGACAGUGUUACGUUGCCGUCGGUGCCGAGCGCUUUAAGAAACACCCGUACGUGGAGCUGCUGCUGAACAAAGCCCCAGGAGGCAGUGCAGACAGGCAUUAUGUUGCAGAUCGUGGCCUGCACAGGAGGUCAGAGAACAGGAAGUUUCCUCAAGACAGCAACAGUGACUCCGCCCUCUUUCACUCACCCGAGAGGGACAGCAGGCGCGUGAAGUCUACAGGAGACGAGGCCGAGCCGGAGGGAGCGAAUCUGUCCCAGCCGCCACAGAGGAGGAAAGAAGGAGGUGGGGAAAGACAGGAGAGCUCCGUAUUCCACGCCAAACCCGUCCGAGUGCGCAAACACAGACCCAUAAAUAGAGCGGCAGCCAGAAACACGGGCCAAGCGAGUGUGUUUAAGGGCGUAGGGAAGAGGAGAGAGGAGGUGCGAGGAGCUGAGGAGGUGGCUGAGGAUGAGAGCACGGCUGUGGAGCUUCCUAUCGAUCAGAGAGUCGCUGAAGUCGUUCAGGACGAGGAACUUGAGCAGAGCCAACCAGAAACGACAAAUCACAUGCAUCAGCUCACUCAGACAGGAGCACCUGAUGAGCGCAUGACCUCUUCCGUGCACUCCGGUCCGUCUCCUAGCGACAGAGAGCAAACCGUGAAGGAGUCCGGACUGUCUGAUGGAGAGAGCUCGUUACUGAGACAGAGCUCUCCUCUGAACGGGGAGGUGGAAGUGCACGACGAGGACGUCCUCGGUGAAGACCUGAAACAGGAAAGAGGACAAGAUGAUAAAGAUGGACGUUCUCAGGAAGCUGACGAGCUGCAGAUGCAGGACCACGCCCGUCCUCUCUCCUCAUCCUCACAACAGAGAGAGUGACGUAGAAAGAAAGUACACGUCAUCCCAUACAACCAUAAAUAUUGUUUAUGUAUAAACAUAGUGCAUAAAGUCGAGCUCGAACCUUAAUCGUCUCCUGAGCAAUGUUCUCCAGACUGUUCCUCAUACGGAACCGGUUCGUAAUCCAAUCUCCAGACUGUUCUCUUCCAGCUACGUCAUGUCGACUUUCCUGUUCGUGAAGUUUAUUCGCCUGUGAAUGUCUUUGACCCGUGACGAGAGAACAGACACGAACGCGACGCUGUGAGCCGAUACGCUGCGCCAUGAGGUCAGCGUCUCUGACACAGGAGACAAACGACUAUCACAGCUCCUGUAACUAUUCACUCUUGGUUACGAAAUAUGAGGUAAAAAUGCUGAUCAGAAGAACGUGUGCUCCAAAAGUAUUGGCACCCCGUCAGGAAAUAAUUGCUGCCAAAUUACUUACCUUUUCUCUGAUACAACCAUUCAUAAAAGGUUUCUCUCACAAACCUGGCAAAAUUACUAAGGGGUAUCCAAUUAGAAUACUCAACUCCAAAAUUAUUGGCACCCUUUAAGAGAACGCACAAAAAUAACUCCUCUUGUUAUCUCUAGUCGCUUUAUCCUGUUCUACAGGGUCGCAGGCGAGCUGGAGCCUAUCCCAGCUGACUACGGGCGAAAGGCGGGGUACACCCUGGACAAGUCGCCAGGUCAUCACAGGGCUGACACAUAGACACAGACAACCAUUCACACUCACAUUCACACCUACGGUCAAUUUAGUGUCACCAGUUAACCGCAGUUAACUGCAUAAACCGGAGCACCCGGAGGAAACCCACGCGGACACGGGGAGAACAUGCAAACUCCACACAGAAGGGCCCUCGCCCACAAAAAUAACUGUCAGUGAAAAUAGGUUUUCUUAACAAAACAGGAACUUACUUUUCAAAAUUAAAAGUAUUUUCUCUCAAAAAUGGGGCAAAAUUCGUGACACUCCAAAAUACAUCCAAAAAAAUUCUUUGCAUAAACAAAUAUUUUUUUAAAAGGAAGGCUCUUGGGUGCCGAGUUAAUUUUAUUUGUCCAUGUGUUUAAAAAAAAAAAUUGUUGAAAAGAAAAGUAUGGUUGUUGAUUAGAAGAGUUAACUCACAUUAUUAGCACCCUGUAAAAGAAAGGCCAAAAUAACCUCAAAGUUAUUUUGAAAUAAAUCCAACAUUUUUUUAAAUGCUGAACUGGCUCGAGAAAUGUGUUGCUGUUGAUCAAAUAUGAAGUUUGCAAAAAACAGCCAUUUUAUCACCAAGAUUUCAACACUGAUGAUUGUUCAACUGCAAAACCAUGGAUAUAAAAAAAGUUCAUUAUUCAUUAAACAUGGACAUGUUAAUAGAUAUAUAAACACAAUCAUGGCCAUAAAAGAUGCUGACUUUAACCUACUACAGUUCAUCAUACCAAGUUGGUCGCCCUUCAUUCACCCCGAAUUGCAAACUGCACUGACUUUCAGCCUGAUGCUCACUGUGUUAUUGCGCUGUUUGUGCUAGAUUCAUGAUGAAUCAGUAGAAAUGUUCAGGUGACAGAGAUCCUGUCGACGUGGAGUCUGGAGGAGGGCGAGUUAGAGCUUUUAGUCUUCAUGAAAAUUCUUCUGAAUCUGCUUCAUCCUGAACCUGGAACAGAAUCACUGUGAAAAUCUACAGCGUGAAACAGAAACACUCACAUGAGCUGAGUUUAAUCUUUUACGUUCCACAGCGUCGUCUUCUAUAACUGCAGCGAGCGUGAUAUUAAAGCUCCAUCGCUCUGAGUGAGUGAGAAUGAGUCAAGACACACUAACAGCUCCUGGGAGGAGUUUAAGGGGUUAACGUGAACUUGUGCGGACAGAUUUUCAUGGGAUUCCCAAACUAAUUUAGAAAAAUUGGGAUUGUAUUUUCUUGCACUUGGAGAUAAAUGUGAAAAUUUGAUGAUGAUGUAUUUCAUGUGUAUUAAUAUUCACGUCCUAUAGCAUUAACAAUAAACCAGCAAAAACUCAACAGAAA